AUGAUUGUAGAAGUGAACGCAUACGAUACGAUUUGUAGUAACAAUAAUGAUUAUGAUAAUAUGCAAAUGAAAAGGACAACUUCAAUAAUUUCAUCCUCAUCGUCAUCAUCAUUAUCAUCAUCAUCGUUGUUAUUAUCGUCAUCGUCAACUAUAACAUCACCUUUCAACAAUGCUGAAAAUGAUAUUAAUAUGGAGAUUGCAAGAAUAUUAGACAGUAAUGUAUCACAACAAAUAUUACAACAACUCAUAUCUGACCAAUUAGCCGCUGCCCAAAUGACCGGAAAGGAAGCAAAGUUGCUGAAAAAGAAAGGAAAUGCAAAAUUAUCAUCUGGCUCUUUUUUCCAACGACAGUUUAUGAAUGAAUCACAAAAAUCGCAUAAUCAUCAGCAAAACGACGAGUCAUAUACGUCUAAAACGUCAUCUUCUUGUAUUCAUUCCGAUGUUAUACGGACGUCAAGUUUUAAUAGAAAUCCUACGCAAAUUAUUCGGAUGAAUGUAAAUAGCAAUCGGAAUUCUCUGCCUGUUAACAUAAUUGCAUCAACAAUGAAGUAA